GUUCGCCAGUGUGCUCAAUUUCAGCGCCCUUCAAACUUUUCCAUUUUUGGCGCCAUGUCAACCCACACUUUUUUUGACAACAUGCAAAUGAAAGUCAAAAGUUUACAACAAGAAAUACAAAAUUUAGCUGACUGUGAAAAACCUGUGCAACUGAAAAAUAUUGUAAACCUAGACUCAAUUUUUAUGUCGCUCUGUCAGGAAACUUCUUCCAACCAACGUCUUUUGACUGCAUAUGAGAAAAGAAAAAUGAAUAUUUUGUUAGAUGAAGUGCAUGAAGGACUUCAAAAUAUCAAAGACAAGUUGCAACCUACAAGAAAGUUACGCUGGGAUAUUACUAGGAAGGACAAAGUUUCACAAGAGGAACGAAAAGUACCAGAGGAUAUGGUUCCCAGCUCGCAACAAAUAGAAACUGUUUCAGACAAAAGUGCGCAGGUUAUUAUCCAAAACCUGACAGAUGAAACUAGUGAUGUUACUGAUUCUCUUGUCAGUGUUGACAAACGUGGCUGGACGAGAGAUUGCCAAAUCAAGAAUUUGAGAAACUGCAAAGUUAUGAUAGGUCCCGUUCAGACAGCCGCAUACAUUCAAGAGUGCAUAGACUGUGUUGUAUGCGUUGCAGCCCAACAAAUCAGAAUACACGACUGUCAGAGAUGUGUAUUUCGUGUACAGUCCAAACAGGGUUCAAUAUUGGAGCGUUCUAAGGAUAUCGUGUUUGGACCCUAUAACUAUGAGUAUCCUGGAAUAGAGGAAGAUUUUCAACAAGUAGAAUUAUACUGUGAAAAGGAUAGCUGGAAGAAAGUUAGAGACUUUCAGUUCUUUUCGAAUCCUAAAGAAAACAACUGGAGUUUGGUGGAAGAAGAUGAUGACUCAUUUUGCGGUCGAAAUGAGCGUCGAUAAUCCGGAAUGAAAGAUGAGCAUUGAAG